AUGUUUUCUCUUCCGACUGAAGUUCAACUUGAUGUAUUAAAAUGUUUUAAUUUUAAUCAAUUAUUCGCUGUUAAACAAACCAAUUUUUAUUUUUGCAAUUUAAUUAAUAAAUAUGAGGGGGAAUUGGCACGAAAGAAAUUCAGUGAAAUCUCAAUAUUUGAGCUUGACUCUUUUCGAAUGUCAAAUAUAGAUAAAUUGCUUGAACUAGAAUCUGGAGUUUUUGAAGUUACUUUAAAUGAUCAACUUAAGAAGAAGUGGCAAACAGCUAUAGACAAAUCAACUCCGUUAUUCUUAAAUAAUUCUGGGCCUGAUAGAGAGUUAAUGGUUACUAUUGAAAAAACAUUUAUCAAUUUAUCGGACACAAAAUCUUAUUAUAUUUUAAAAUUACCAAACUCUCCAAAAAACUUUAAAGAAAUGAUCAUUAUUCGUUGCUGGUUGCAACAUUUAUUUAAUUGUGCUUUUGAGUUUGGUUGUUUUGAUAAAAGCAUUUUUAACCCAGAAAUGAUCAAUAUAUUAUUUGAUAACGACAAAACAAGUCCUCCUAAAUUUAACAUUCAAGGAGCAACUUUAUAUGCUAGCAAUAAGACAUUCCAGAAUGUUUUAAGAACUUCUCUAAAUCAUUUAACGAUCUCUACAUGUCUUUAUAUUAAUUUACAAUCUGUUGAUAUCACAGAGCAACAUACAGAUAUUUUAUUUAACAUUUUAAUAAAUGAAGGCAAUAAAUUUUCAAAAAUUUACUUUACUAGUUCUAAAUUGACAAGGCUACAUGAUCUCAUUUUAAAAGUUGGUACCUUGUUCAUAUCCCCCACCCCCUAUUUUAGUCUCAAUAAUUUUUUUUCUUGUUAUCAAACAUUAUAA